AUGCAGAGACCUGCCUCGACUGAGAGUAGCAGUAAAACUACAAAGCUUGCAUAUCAGUUGCCAUUUCUUCGCAUCUCGGGAAGAGAUACAUUCAGCUUCUUGCGCUGUUUAUCCUUGAGUUCACGGCGCUGCAAUAUUUCUGCCAAGAAUAUCGGUAUGUUUGGAGCGUAUUUAUCAAGAGUGAUAGAGUAACUGGGCUUCACUUUAUAUAUUUUUCCUUUUUUAUAGAUUUCCACUCUCGUUGCACUCUCUGUUUCGCUUUUGUGAUGGGUGCAAAGCUGUUGAUUUUUACGCUGAUCGGUUUGGCGAUCUCUGUGGAUGGUUCUGAUGAUCCAAGUAAGCGACAGCUGAUUUUAAAACAUAACUUGAAAAUUCAUUUGAGAACGUGGAGAUUUGUUUUCUUUAAAAUGGUCACUACAUUCCUGUAUACAAGUCGCUUUGUAUGCAAGAAUCGAAAUAACUCUUAGAAUGCGAGCGCUGAAAACCAAAUUGCGCCUAAGUCGUUUCUUAAAAGCAUAUUUAAUUUCUUGAUAAUUUUGGUCUAAGAUAAGAUUUUCAUAUCGUGAAUUUUCCAAAACAAGAUUCACUCAAAUUCACAGACCUUCCGCGAUGCGACUGGCCAAGAGGAGUGUGCACAUAUGUUAAUGAUCCGUGUCCACCGGACAUACCAUAUGACUGCCGAGACCAGAUGUACUGUCCAUUAGGAACAAACAAAUGCUGCUGCCGGUAUCCGCAACCAAAGCCACGUAAGUCACAGACAACCCUUAGCAAAUCUAUUUAAAUAUUUUGAGAUUCUGAGAAAGCUGUGUCUUGACACGUUCGCGAACGUCAUGAAUCUAUGGAAUGCAAGUGAGACACCUUCAAGUCAGCUGUGGCUAAUCAUAAACUCCAUAAUUUCUUGGCAAUCUCGGUGUGAAUAAUACAUGUCACUAAAGUACCAAAACGUUUUUAUUUUCAAGCAUUGUUGCCACUAGUUUCCCAUUUACGUAUGAAAGACGUAGAUAUCGUCAGAUGUAAUCGUGAGAUACCGACUCCAUUCUUCGAGUAAGCCAUCAACCCAUCUCCACCCCUUUCUUCUUAAUCUCAUAUUACAUUUUAUUCAAGGGAGAAUAAGGUCCUCUCUUGAUUUUAUCCGAAUAAAACUUCCUUCUAGCCAUCACCUUUUCAAAAGAUCUGGAUAUGUUUAUUUUAACUUAAAGUAUAUGAACCAUUAAUGGGAUUUGCUUUAAGAUAAAUCUAAUUUUUGUGAUGUUGUCUUACAAAAAUUUUACACCUACACCGUUAUGGGAGCUCUGGAGAAGAUGAGUUGUACCUUUAUUCCAAGAGUAGCUAACUAGACAAGAAUAAAUACUUAUGGUUACGUUAAGUCGCUUUUGAACAAUUUAAUGUUUACGGACAAAUCCUUCGAAUUCACAGAUGUUCCGAGAUGCGACUGGCCGAAGGGCGUGUGUACUUAUAUUGAUGAUCCGUGUCCACCGGACAUACCGAUUGACUGCCGAGACAAAAUGUACUGUCCAUUUUCUACAAACAAAUGCUGCUGCCGGUAUGCAAUUUAACCAAUACUAUAUUUUUUUCUUUUCUUUUCUUUUUUUUUUCUUUUUUAAAUGCCCAUAGCUUUUACUAUAUGUAUAUGUCUCUAUGUGAUGCUUGAAAAAACGUUUUCACAAUGUGUGAUACAAACUACAUAGGAAGCCUCCACAUACAUGUAUUCUCGCUAUUUCUGGUUUACCUUGGAUGACAAAGGAAUAUCGUUUACUUUCUAUCUCUUUCAGUACCUCGGAGAAGAUAAAGGAGGCAGAGAAAAUCGGGAAAAAGUCUGAAUUGUAAUCAAUCUGAAUUCUUUUCCUGUCAAACACUGAUUAGAUAGUUGAGGUAGAGGUGUUAAAAAACAAUCCAAAUUGAAGUGGAAUAAAAGC